AUGCAAUGGCGUCUUGAGUCAAGCAAACUAACUUGCUUUGCAAGGAAGGAGUUUAAGCGCCUCGAGAAAUUGGUCGAGGAGAGACGAUUGAACCACCAGAAGCCGAGUUUGCCCGUUCGUCUAACUGACCACGAAUUGGUUGCAGACGUCAAAAGUGAAGCCACCAAAUGUGAAAAUGCGGUUGUUGAUUUGCUCGAAGAGGUGACCAACAGCGUAUUAACACUACCAAAGGGAGAGUUGGAGAAGGCGGUUCCUGAGAAGACUGAGGCCCACAACUUAUCGACUAAGGAGAUGGGUCAUGCCGGUAGAAAUUUUGUGGACGCUCCCCUGCAGGAACGGCUGCCUAUUAAACAAUGGCCAAAACACGUGUAA